AUGUCCCAACGGAGUCCACCUGCUUCACCCGAUCCUCAACUUGAGGCUUCUCCUGCUGGACUUCCACUGGACUCUUCAACAACUUUGGACAAACGGCCCUCUCGGUAUGCGUCCACAAGAUUGCGCCCGCGGUCACCACAUACGGGCAUCCACGAAAGCGCAAAUGAAAGGUUGAGCCUAGCACCAAAGAGAGCUGAGCUAGCUCCUGAUCAGCCGCUGACCGCGAGCGGCAAGCCUCGCGAGCGGGUCUAUCUUGCCUGUAAGCAAUGUCGAACACGCAAGAUAGGUUGCGAUGGUGCAAAGCCAGCAUGCAACAACUGCAGCCGUCGUACACGAGCGAACGUGAAGCCUUGCACUUAUGAUGAAACACCUCGACGACGCGGCAAGGACCGCAAUCCUGGCUCUCGCAAACUGGCACCGCCCAUUGAGAAGAAAUCGCGUACCACACGAUCGCGACUGGAACAAGAGGCUAAACAGAAGAGGGCUAUGAAGAGGGCGGCAUCUUCAUCACUUCCUGGAGCAUCCUCCAGUCACAGUACACCUCCAGGGGCGGUCAUAGACGCACCACGCACAGAUGAUCCACCUUCUGGUCACAGUUACCAGCCAGGUCCAGUCGAUGAAAUACAUGGCGACUCGCUUGCAUCAUCUUUGCUGCAACUUGGGGUCCUCGGAUUCAGUCGUUCGCAGAUUCCGAAUGAUGAAAGGUCGCGAUUACUGCCUAUUCCUCUCAUGCAGGCCACACCUAGCAUCCAGUUCGUCCGGGAGACAUGGUGGGAUUCACUUCUCAGCCUUUACGCUUCUUCCCCGGAUGUAUCGACUAUUCGACGCCCGAUGUCGGCUGACAUCCGCCACAGCCUCUCGGAACGCAUCAAGCUUGACGUCCGUCUGCUCCUGCGCAUAUCCCUACUAUGGCUCAGCUUCAUCGAUGUAACGCGGUUCAUGUCAAGGUUGUUCAAUCCCGUCACAAGGCAGACUAUACAACCGAGUUUCGUCCUCGCCAUGCUUGCGCAGUCAACCCUCCUUCAAAGUUCCGAACUCGAACUAGGCACGAGGGGUAUGGACCGGGCAUUGCUUCUCGCAGACCAGGCUUACUCGGCCUUCCACGCGAGCCUUAACUCUGGCUGGAUCGAUGUCGGGCUUGCGCACGCUGCAUACAUUCUCGUCGCUUUCGAGCUACAGGCGCACCCCCAGGCUACGCGCCCCCAGCGGACACAGCAGGCUAUGUACAUGCUUGACUCGAUCAUCCGCUACCUUGGACUCACGACGCUCGACGUCACCGACCCACGCGCGACGAUCUUCCUCCCGAACGUUGUCCCUCGCGUGCCCUCAGACCCGCUCCUCAUCGCAGCCCCGCCAACCGCCUCCGCACCCAAGAAGAUCGCGAUGGCGAUUAUGCCGUUCGCCGAUGAAGACGACAACGUUCCCUGCCCCAUGCCGGUCCCCGAGCAGAUGGUGGCUUCGAAUGGAUACCCGGCGUGCGGGCGUUGUGGGUGUCCUUCGUACUCGCUUGGGAACCAUUGCCCGAGUGUGCGCAUGCUCGCGCCGCAGUUCGCGCAUAUGCCCAUGUGGCCGGCAGGUGAAGGCGCACUGGGUGAGGGCGAGCUACGGAAAGAGGAGAACCGGCGGCUCGUGUGGGCGAGCGUCGUGCUGGUGACGACGCUCGGCUCAGCGAAGGUGACGGCGAUGGCGGGCUCGGGGUGGGAUCUGCAGCCGCUGUGGAUCCAGGAUUCAUCCAAUUACGCGCUACUAUUCCCUGGGGAGUGCUUGGCUGACCUGGGUGUGGCGGGUGUCGCAUCGUCGAAAGACUCCGUGUGGGCACUGUACAUGCGUGCGGUGCUCCUAUGGAACAGCUGUCUGCGCGCGCAGCGCAAUGCGACCGCGGGGGUAACCAUGCCGGAGGAAGAGCCUGGGCGGUUCGCGAUGGACGCGUGGGCGGAGAUGAACACGAUCGAGAUUGCGCUUGACCGCCAUUCGUGCAUGACCGCUACGGGCUUCUCUACCAAGACGCAGGAGGUGCUAUUUAACGCACGUCUGUGCAUCUCUGGCGAGUUACAGCGUUACGUGCCCUUGUCGAUUGGGACACACGGCUGGCUUUACUUUCGCGAGAAGGCGGAGAAAUGGAUGAUCAACCAGUUACACGUCGCGGUGUACUUCACACAGUGCCUGCGCAACCCUCGCGCGACGAUCACGAACCAUGCGCGGCGCAACUUUCUCGUCGCCUGGAUUCUUGCCCAGAUCGUGCAGGCGCUCCGGCUGUGGGAGGCGGACCACACGAUGAGUGUCGCGCUCGACGUCGCGCGGACGUUCGCGCCAUGCGCGGAGUACUAUUUGCGCCUAUGGCCGGCCGCGGGCCAGCUGAGCGAAUACGAGAGGAUAUACGCGCCGCUGGUGGCGGGGUGCACAGAGGCAGGGGUCGAGGCGCCUGCGCGCAUCAUCCCGCUGGCGAACUUGGCACGAGGGGCAGUGCUAUAAUCAGACUGGAAGCCUAGGAGAUUGGGUAUUCCGUUUGAUGUAUCCCUCGCUCCCUUUGACUACUUCGUGCACCCGUCCCUGGUGUUAUCUGACCACUCAUGAUGGAAACAAUCGUAUUUCGCACCGG